AUGAAUGCGCAAAUCUCACCAAAUCAAACGGGAACUGAUGUCAGCGAUCGUCUAGUCAACAGCCCUCAAAACCCAAGGAGCUGCCCUUGCGGUUGGUAUGUCUACUACUCGGCUGUCUGUGGGCAUGUGUACCAGGAAGUGAAGUUCCAAUGCGGCGCGUACCAGAACGUGGAAUACGAAAGCGGCAACAUUACUAGACCGUCUGGUCGAGGCAGAUUCUGCAAGACCCCUGCACCGAAAAACAUCGUCCAGGGGGUGCAGAUCGACGCCAAAUGCCAAUAUUACUGA